CAGGGGUUCUGCUUGAACCAGGGGUGACCAUGACCUGUUGUGAAGGCUGGACAGCCUGCAAUGGAUUCAGCCUGCUGGUUCUACUGCUGCUGGGAGUAAUUCUCAACGCAAUACCUCUCGUGGUCAACUUGGUUGAUGAAGAUGAAGUUUUUCAAAACCCCAUCUCUUGCUUUGAGCGGUGGCUCCCCGGAAUUAUCGGCGCAGGUCUGAUGGCCAUUCCUGCAACGACAAUGUCCUUGGCAGCGAGAAAAAGAGCAUGCUGCAACAACAAGAGCGGGAUGUUUCUUUCAUCACUUCUGAAUGUGAUCACAGUCAUUGGUGGUGGAUACUGCCUGCUGGUGUCUUUCCAGGCUCUGUGGGAAGGCCCUCUCAUUUGUAACUCUCAAGGCAACAGCACUCUCAGCUGUGAACUUUCUUUACGAAACCUAACUGUCCAUCAUCUAGAAUCCUUCAACCUGCAGUGGUUCUUCAAUGACUCUUGUGUUGCUUUGACGGAUUUCAAUAAUCCCUACAUCAAUGACACAGGGACCCGUAACGGCUUAAAUUUCGACUCUCUAGAAAACAAACACAGGAUUAUCCACUUCUCAGUGUAUCUAGGUCUACUGCUUGUGGGCUUUCUUGAGAUCCUGUUUGGGCUCAGUCAGAUACUCAUUGGUUUCCUUGGCUGUCUGUGUGAUGGGGUCUCAAAGCCAAGAAGAAACCAGAUUGUGUAG